AUGCCUUCCGUUGGUACACGUCUCGGCGGCUCGGCCUUCAACCACGGCCCUUCCUCCAAUGCCGAACAGGAAUACGAUCGUUUACGCGACUUAGCUCGCAAGGAGCAAGACAAGUACCAUGAUUGCGCGAGGAGGUCGCAGGCGGCAUACCAGCGCGGUGACGGAGAGGAAGCACACAACAUAAGCCAGGAAGGCAAGAGGCACGCGUCGGCGGCCGACGUGUACAACAAACAGGCCUCUGAAUACAUCUUCCGGGAAAACAAUGCUGUUGGCAAGGUUCAGGGCGAUACCAUUGACCUUCAUGGCCAGUACGUUGAAGAAGCGGAGGAGAUUCUGGAGCAGCGCAUCCGGUAUGCGCAGCAGACCAACCAGAGCCAUCUUCAUGUGAUCGUGGGCAAGGGCAACCACAGCACGGAUCAUAUUCAGAAGAUCAAACCACGCGUGGAGCAAGUGUGCCGUGAACUACAUCUCCAGUACCACACCGAGGAGAACGAGGGACGCAUGUUUAUCGAUUUGAAGGGCGCUGGCCACGCGCCAGGCGGGUACGACUAUCAACAGCAACACCAGCCGCAGCAUGCAGAGUAUGGCAAGCCGCACUACGAGACUGCGUACCCCAUGGGAAAAACCCCGCAGUAUGGUCAGGCGGCAGGCGGGUACCCCGGUGCACAGCAGCAGAGCCCGAUGCAGUACGGUGGCCAACAGCAGCAUCACCGGCCACAACAGCAGAUGGAGCAUCAAGAACCCGAGGAAAAGAAGGAGAGCAAGUGCUGCGGGCUUUGUGUGGUUAUGUGA